AUGGUAAAAGAUACGGAAUAUUACGAUAGGUUGGGAAUUAGCCCUACGGCUACUCCUACGGAGAUUAAAAAGGCAUACAGAAGAAAGGCUAUGGAAACACAUCCAGACAAGCAUCCUGACGAUCCUGAAGCCGAGAACAAAUUUCAAGCCGUUGGUGAAGCUUAUCAAGUUUUAAGUGACGAGAGCCUUCGUGCGCGCUAUGACGAAUAUGGUAAAGAUGAUGCAGUUCCUCAACAAGGUUUUGAAGAUGCAAACGAAUAUUUCACCGUAAUCUUUGGUGGUGAUGGCUUUAAGGAUUGGAUUGGUGAAUUUUCUAUAUUCAAGGAUUUAAAUGAAGCUGGUGGCAUUAUUGAUGAACCACAGAAUGAUGGUACACCUUCCAAACCUGGUGAAAGUGGUAUGGUUCACACUAGCAGUGAGGAGGCAGCAGCUAAAUUAGAUGAGAAGAAUAAGAAAUUGUCGAAGCAACAGAGGGAGAAGUUGAUAGAAAUGGAAAAAAGGAGAAGAGAAGAGUUAGCAGAACAAGUGAAGGAACUGGCGAAAAAAUUAAAUAACAAAUUGGACUCAUAUGUGCUAGCGCUUAAGGAUAAUAGGCUAGACGAAUUUGCAUCGAAAUUGGAUCAGGAAAUUGAAAAUUUGAAAUUGGAAAGUUUUGGUCUUCAACUCCUACACAUUUUGGCCAAAUGUUAUCAUACAAAGGCCCAAAAUUUUAUCAUGUCUAAGAAAACUCAUGGGUUUUCCAAAUUGUUCACAGGUGUACGUGAUAACGCAAGAAGUGUUAAAUCUGCUUAUAAUUUGUUAUCAACUGGGUUGGAGGCACAGAAGACCAUGGAACAAAUGAACGAAGUUAACCCAGAUGAAUUAGAUCAAUACGAAAGAGCUACAUUUGAAAAUAUGAUGGCAGGAAAGGCACUAGGUGUUGUGUGGGCUAUGAAUAAAUUCGAAUUGGAGAAGAAAUUAAAGGAGGUUUGUAAUACAAUAUUAAAUGAUAACACGGAACCUACUAAAGUACGUUUAACAAAGGCAAAGGGGUUACUGUUCAUGGCUGAUAGAUUUUCAAAGGCAAAGAGAUCUCCAGAAGAGGCUGAAGAGGCAAGAGUAUUUGAAGAAUUAAUUCUUGGUGAACAGGAGAAGGAGAAAGAGAAGCAAAAACAGAAACAAAAAGAAGUUAACAAGAGGAAGGGUUUCUUUAGCUGA